AUGCUUCAGCUGGUUCUGCAAGAGAGAUUUGCUCUCUAUACUGGUUCUGGUCCUCAGUUUCGAGGAGGUUUUGGUCUCUCUUUUGAUCGUUCUUCAUCUGACCGUGAUCCUGUGAAGUUUUAUGUUGAUGGCAUUGUCAUCACUGGAAGCGACUCAGCUGAAAUUACCAAGUUGAAAUUCUUUUUGGGACAGGAGUUUGAGAUUAAAGAUUUGGGGCAACUACGAUAUUUCCUUGGUAUUGAAGUUGCUCACUCUUCUAGUGAUAUCUUUCUCUCUCAAAGAAAAUAUAUCUUAGAUCUCUUAUCUGAGACUGGGAUGCUUGGCUGUCGUUUUGUUGAUACUCCUCUUGAAGCAAACACACAUCUAAAGAGUGAGGAUGGUGAACCUGUUGACAAAGGAGGAUACCAACGACUAGUUGGGAGAUUGAUAUAUCUCUCACAUACUCGACCAGACAUUACUCAUGCUUCGGCUCCAGGAAAAGGGAUCCUUUUCUCUCCUCACAAUCACAUGUGUAUAGAGGCCUUCAUAGAUGCUGAUUGGACAGGUUCCCCAGAUGAUCGAAGAUCCACAUCUGGCUAUUGUUCCUUUGUAGGAGGUAACCUUGUGACCUGGCGUAGUAAGAAGCAAGCUUUGGUUACUCGAUCAAGUGCAGAGACUGAGUUUCGUGCCAUGGCACAGGGUAUAUGUGAGUUGUUAUGGCUUAAGGAUCUUCUUCAAGACCUUGGUAUUAGUUCUAAUCCUCCCAUGACACUGUACUGUGAUAGCAAGUCUGCUAUUAGUAUUGCCCAUAAUCCAGUUCAGCAUGACAAGACGAAGCAUGUGGAGAUAGACCGUCAUUUCAUCAAGGAGUUAUAUGUUGAAAAUGUUGAGGAUCCCAACAAUGAGACUUUUUUGAUUGACAUCUUGGAUCAACUAGUUGAUGAUAUGUCUAAGGUUGCAAAUAUGGAUGAUAACUCUAUCCCUUGUGAGGCCAGUUUGGAGUCAGAAGGGAAAAUCAUUCCUUCAUAUCUGAGACUGAAAUGUCGUCUCCUUGGUUGGUCUCUCUCAAGUGGAAGAUCUAGAGUUGAACCAUACUGA